AGUGCUGAAAUGGCCAUUCUAUUUCAAGCCACAAAAGGAAUUCGACCAUGUUUAGAUGACAUCAGGAAUAUUCCAAAAUCCAAACAGAUAAUAAAACUUAUAAAACGUUGUUGGAAUGGAGACGCAGAAAAACGACCGAAAAUGCAAGAAAUAAUAAGUAAUAUUAAUAAUUUUUUCCCAAUUAUGGAUGUGGAAGAGCCUAACUUAAGUCUGAAAAUACCAGACAAAAAUGAAGUUAACAGAUUGAUUGAGGAAGAUAUGAAUGCAAUUCAGAAAGAUGAAUGGAAAAAUAUUACUAUAGAAGAGCCCAUUAAAUGUGGUAGCUUUGGAGAAGUAUAUAAGGCUCUCUGGAAAACUGAGAAGGGACCAAAGAUAAUUGCAGUUAAAAGAUAUAUACCUUUUUAUUCGAUCAACUCAAAAAAUUUAACGAUUUAUAGUUUACAACUAAAGCAUGAUCAUAUUCUAAAAUUAUAUUGUCUAUCCUUUGAUGACAAUAAUCGACCUAUUGAACUUAUGGAGUAUGCUGAUUGCGGAAAUCUUUAUAGUGCUGUGCAUGAUCGUACAGUGAAUAUUGUUAAUAAUGAAUAUGAAAAGUAUUCGUUAAUGUGGAUAUUGCAUUGCGCGAAGGGUCUCAAAUUUCUGCAUGAUCAAAACAUUAUUUAUGGGAAUAUAACUACAAGGAAUCUGCUUCUUUUUAACAAUUAUCAAACCCUAAAGAUUUCACUAUCUGAAACAGUGAGGACAGAGGGUACAUUAAUGUCAGAAAUUGUUGGAAAUUUUAGAUAUAUGGCUCCAGAAAUUGUGGAAGGGCUGCAAUUCACCAAAAAGUGCGAUAUCUAUAGCUUCGGGAUAAUGCUGUGGGAGGUGAUGUCACGAAAGAAACCGUUCUGCGAUAUGAUAAGCGGAAUUCAAUUGGCUGUGAAUGUGCUUAGAGGUCAUCGUCCAAAUAUAAAUGAUGUCGUCAACAUUAAAAAUUCGAAUGAGAUAAAAAUUUUGAUUACAAACUGCUGGGAUGCGGAUCCACAGAAUAGACCUUCUAUGGAGGAAGUAGUCGGAAUUAUGGAAACAUAUUCUUCUUAUUUAGAGAACGGCAACCAAAUUUUGAAUAUGAUGAAAAAGAAUAUUACAGACUGCACGUUUAUUUAA